AUGCGUGGGAUGAACGGUCAAGUCGACAUAAAGAAAAUAUCGGGCGUUGAGCCCUUAUAUACUCUGGUGUAUGGAUUCAUGAAGAGUAAGGAUACGUUAACCGCCAGGCAGCAAUACAGUCAGCAUGGAGAGUGUACGCGCCGUGAAGGUAUUAUGGUACACAUAGUCCCUUGUCAUCCCAUGCAUGUGAUGUAA